CUACAUUCCUUCAGUUUGUAUUCGACUUUCGUAUUAUAAAGACAUACUUUCGUUAGAUAAAAAAAUAAAAUUUUUGGUUUUCAACAAUUUUAAGGCCUUAUUUUUCAAGGCAUUUUUCUACUUCAUACAACUAACAUGAACUCUUCGGAAACCAUGGAUGAGAAAGCAAAAAUUAUAGCCCUAUUUGAGGCAAUUGAAAGAUCCUUGACCCCAGAAAACAGGCAUGUUACUCGCACAAGGAAGGUGGUAAAGAAGACCGCCAAACCAAGACUGGCGGAUAAGAACAAGCACGGCAUUGCCCAUGUGAAGGGAAGCUCUCUACCAAAGCGAAAGUGUUUACGGAACAAGGGAAAACAUGAUCCGCAGCAAGCCCUAAACGUGUGGGCCAAUACCCCGUGCUUCCAAGGAGCCCAAAAAGCGGUUCCCCCAACCGAAGAUGCGAAGACCCUACAAGGGGCUUUUAACCAACCCGCGGUUCCCCAAAAGCAACAGUCGUGGUUCCAAGGGGUCCAAGGGGUACCCCAAACCCAAGACUCUGUACCGCAACCCCAACACUCGUGGUUCCAGGGGGACCAUAAUCAACCCGAUGGUCCUCGAACCCUAGACUCGUGGUUCCAAAAGGCCCAAACCCAAGAAGCGGUACCCCAAGCUCAAGUCCCGUGGUUCCAAGGGGCCAAUUCCCAAGGCGCGGCUACCGCACCCCAAAACUCGUUCUUCCAAGUGGCUCAAAACCAACCUGAGGGUCCCCGAUCCGUAGACUCGUGGUUCCAAAAGGCCCAGACCCAAGAGGCGGUACCCCAAACGCAAAUCCCGUGGUUCCAAGGGGCCCAAGCCCAAAAUGCGGUUCCCCAGACCGAAGACGUGUGCCUCCAAGAGGCCCUUAACCAACCCCAAACGCAACAGUCGUGGUUCCAAAAGGCCCAAACCCAAGAAGCAGUACCCCAAGCUCAAGUCCCGUGGUUCCAAGGGGCCCAUUCCGAAGGCGCGGCACCCACACCCCAAAACUCGCUGUUCCAAGUGGCCCAAAACCAACCCGACUCAUGGUUCCAAGGGCUCCCCAAACCCUAGAGUGGCUCCAAAGGGCCCAUUACCAACCA